AUGGCGACCAAGAAGCUGGCCUCGUGGGCUCUGGCUCUUCAAUUCUCUAAUCUCACCCAGCCUGUGACCGAAAUGGCAGUCAAGAGCAUCUAUAACUGGGCGGGGUGCGCCAUUGGCGGGUACGCGCUUCCACCAGCCGGUGUCGCCCUUGAGGCACAAACUGCUUUACUCCCACAGCACUCUGGCAAUUGUUCAAUCCUGGGCACAGAUGCCUUUGUGGAUGUGCAAACGGCAGCCUUGGUCAAUGGUAUAGCCUCUCAUGUCGACGAUUAUGACGACACACAUGCCGACACACCAGUGCACCCCUCAGGGCCUGUAGCAUCUGCGCUGCUCGCAGUGGCGGAGCUAAGAGCCCCGGUCUCUGGAGCGGAUUUCAUUACUGCCUUUGUGGCUGGGGUUGAAGCGGAGUGUAAGCUUGGCAUCGCUGUGUACCCCGAGCACUAUGAUAUUGGAUGGCACAUCACUAGUACGACCGGCACGAUUGGAGCAGCCGUCGCCGUGGGAAAGCUUUUGGGACUUGACCUCGAGCAAUUGCAGCACGCCAUUAGUAUCGCGUCGAUCCAAGUGAUUGGCAUGCGUGACUCCUUUGGCACCGAUACCAAGCCCUUCCAUGUGGGGCGUGCUGCGCAGUCCGGCCUUCUCGCUGCAUUCCUCGCAAAGAAUGGAUACGGAGGCUCCUUGGAGGGGUUGGAAGCAAAGUACGGCUGGGCGCAUGUUGUGAGCACUCGGCAGAAUGUAUCCGCGGAGCUCUCAACACUCGGAAGUACUUGGGAAAUCACCAAGAAUACGUUUAAGCCGUUCCCUUGCGAUCGAAUUAUCCAUGCCGCCAUUGAUGGAUGGAUUCAGAUCCAUGAUCAGGCAGUGAAGAAAGGCCUCAGCAUCGACGAUAUAAAGAAUGUGACGGCACGAGUGAACCCGAUGGUAUUGUCCUUGACCGACAACCAUGAUCCCAAAACGGGACUAGAUGCGAAAUUCAGUGUUUACCAUGUGGGUGCGGUCGCAUUGAUUUAUGGGGAAGCAACUCCGGCCCAGUUCACGGACGGAGUGGUUAAAAACUCGACCGUGAUAACCCUUCGUGAUAAAGUCCAUGUCACAGCUGACAAAGGCGUAAGUGAGCAUGAAGCCUUUGUCGCCGUUGAGUACGCCAACGGGACAAAGUUGGAGGUUCAUGUUGAGCAGGCUUUGGGAAGCAUCGAGAAGCCUCUGUCAGCUAAGCAGCUGAAAGACAAGUUUCUGGAACAAGUGAGUGCUCAGAUUGGAGAGAAACAGGCCGCUGCUGCAUUUAGUGCAUUCUCUCAGAUCGCAAAUAUGACGGAUGUGGGGAAAAUCGCGCGACAGUUCAAGCGACAGACUUAG